UGGCCAGAGGCGCCGGGGCCGCCGCCGCCACCUCCUUUCCUCCCUGGGGCGCCGUCUCCGGCGCGUUUCCCUUCCGCGCGCAAAAAAAGAAAAGAAAGCGAGCCAGCCAGCCAAAAGCUCGCGAUCGCUCCUCCAGACCACCUCGCCGAGCGCCUCCGGCCCCCCGAGCGGCGAUGCUCAGUUGCCCGAGCGAGAAGAGAGACCCCCUCGCCGGAUUCUGAGCGCUCCCCGCCGGAUCGGGCAGAGCCUGGCGCGCAGCUCAGGCGCGGGACGGGGGGCGCUAUCCACCCUGGCGACGGCGAGGGGGGCGUUGCGAGCCUGCCGCUGGAUGAAGCAGCCCCACCCCACCCCCUGCAGAGUCUCCGGAGCCAGAUCCCUCGGCAGGAUCACUUCCCGCCCCCACUGCUUAAGCGGAGCUGCCGGUGGAGCGCAGGAAGCCUGGAGGGCUGGCGGAGGAGGGCAACCUGUCCGUUUGCCCGCCUCCCUCUCUUAACUGUUGUAACUUGGCAAAGAGGUUUCCCACCUCAUCGUCCCUGCAGCCAGCCAGCCACUUUAGAGGGGAGGAGGGCGAGGAAGCGGGGAGGGGGGAGUUCAUUCAUGUUGGACAUCAUCGGGGCUGAGUUUGGAGAGUCAGCUCGGGAGGGGACAAAGCGAAGGCUUUAAAAGCGUCGCGAACAGGGAGAUAUUCCAUUUCGAAGAGGAAUCCGUCCUCACUUUUUUAAAAAGUAAAGACUUUGUGCUAAGCAGCAAAGCGUCCCAAUGCAACCGCUUGAGCAUCUCCUCUUUUACGUUGCGAUCUGCGCCAGCUUUUGCAACCGACAGGGCUCCAGCGCCGGCGCCCAGAGCGGAUCUAUCCGAGCCUUGCGCGCUUCGAACCUGCGGAGAGAUGAGAGCAAUCACCUCACAGCCUUGUACCGGAAGGAAGAGACCAUCCGCGUCUUGCGCAGUGGUGAGAUCCACAGCCCUCGUUUUCCUCACAACUAUCCCAGGAACCUGUUACUGACGUGGAGGCUGCUUUCACCAGAGAAUGCAAGGAUACAGCUGGUGUUUGAUAACCAAUUUGGACUGGAGGAGCCAGAGAAUGAUAUCUGCAGAUAUGACUUUGUAGAAGUGGAAGAUAUAUCCGAAAUCAGCACGCUCAUCCGGGGGCGGUGGUGUGGGUACAAGGAAGCUCCUCCGAGAAUCACAUCAAAAACAAACCAGCUCAAGAUCACCUUCAAGUCAGAUGACUUCUUUGUGGCUAAGCCUGGAUUCAAGAUUUAUUAUUCCCUGGUGGAUGAUCUCCAGCCUGCUGCAGCUGAAACCAACUGGGAAUCGGUCACAAGCCCCGUCUUGGGCGUUUCCUAUCACUCUCCGUCAGUGACCGACGCUACUCUUACGGCAGAAGCUCUGGAUCAAACCGUUGCUGGAUUUGACACCGUGGAGGAACUCCUCAAGCACUUUAACCCAGACACGUGGCAAGAAGAUCUCGAAAGUCUGUACACAGACACUGCCCCACAUCGCGGCAGAAGUUUCUAUGAAAGGAAAUCGAAAGUUGACUUGGAUAGGUUGAAUGACGAUGUGAAGCGAUACAGCUGCACUCCAAGGAAUUAUUCUGUCAACAUAAGGGAGGAACUGAAGCAAACCAACGUUGUUUUCUUUCCACGCUGCCUUCUGGUCCAGCGCUGUGGGGGGAACUGUGGCUGUGGGUUCAACAACUGGAAAUCUUGCACGUGUACAGCAGGAAAAUUGGUGAAAAAAUAUCACGAGGUGUUGAGGUUCAUCCCUGAAGCAGGUCACAUCAGGAGGAGGGGCAGAACCAAGAACAAUAUGGCGCUGAUCGAUAUUCAACUGGAGCACCAUGAGCGUUGCGAUUGUGUCUGCAGUGCAAGGCCACCUCGAUAAAAAGAGACCAUGCCAUCCCGUUUGCAACUUAAAAGGACCUCUUUCCCUUGAAGGAGGAGCAGUCUGCAGAAGGUCGCCCAGUGGCCACUGAACUUUGCUAACAGCCUGGCUUGUAGCUGGUAGAGGUGCCUACAGCCUCCCAACUCCAAGUACUAAGUGCCAUGACAGCUAAUCAUUAAUAACAUUGAUUUAUGGUAUCCGACUUCAAAUAUGGGAUUAAGCAGUAGAAAACAAGAGAAGCCAAAAGCUGAAAUCUUCAGUGCAUGCAGUGAGCAUGAUAGCAGUAUUCCUUUGGCUGAAUUUCCUAGUUGGCUUAAAAAAAAAAUCAA